GUACGGAAGAAGGAAGUUGUCAAAAAUCGAUUAUAAAUUGCAAAUUGCAAUAUUACAUUAUUACAAUAUUUUUUUGCUGCAUUGGGAAUUGGUUUUUAUAGUUUCGCUGCAUGGUGUCUGUCGUUUGUAUUUGAGUAAUGUGACGUUUUUUUCAUGGUGAAAGUGGUAUUUCCCUGCUAAAAUGUGACUGGUCUGAUAAAAAAGGGCGAUCGAUAUUUCAAGUAGUUUUUUUACAGUCUACAAAUUAUGGAAAUAUCGUGGAAAUGGUCCAACUUUUGUUUGUGUUUAUUGUUUUUCCAAUUAUGUAACGGAUAUCCAAUCAAUGGAGGAGAUACACUUACAGAUCAACAGACCAAGCUUUUAACUGGUAUAGUUUCUCUGUUGUUGACCAUAUGUGGCCUAAUAUUAUUAGCAGGGUGCUUAUGUUGUCAAAGAAGAAAUGCAUUCAAGGAAUUUCGAAAUAGUCCAGUAACUGCCUCAAUCCCUUCAGAAUUGGACCAUGGACAUGUCAAUCCAAUAGCAAAUAGAGAAUUCACAAUAUUUACCCCACUCUCCCCUCCACAUUUCAAUAAUAACAUUUUUCUAGCAAGUGAUCAAAUAGUAACACGUACUUUUGAAAAUCAAGAAUUGAAUGAUUUUCAUCUGAAAUCCUGGUUCAGUGAUUCUGAGAAAGAUUUUCCUAGAAUAAAACUAAAGUACAUUAAAGAAUUAGGCAGAGGAUGGUUUGGAAAGGUUGUUGAAGGUGCAGCCCAAGAUAUUGAUAAUAAGGGUUCUGCAUGGACUCCGGUAGUAGUUAGAAUAUUAGAAGCAACCUCUAGUCAAAAGGAGAAGAUUCUAUUUUUGCAAGAUGCGUCUAUAUACAGGUGUAGCAGACACGAGAAUAUUUUGACAUUGGUCGGUAGAUGUCUAGAUACAGUUCCGUUCUUAUUACUGCAAGAGUAUUGUUCUAAGGGUGAUUUGAAAGCUUAUUUAUUAUCUAAUAAAUCACAUCCAGAAAAUGUUUUAUCUACUGAGUAUCCUUUAUUGUGGUGUUGUCAGCUAACUUCCGCUCUAAAGCAUCUUCAUGAUAACAAUAUUACACAUCCGGAUUUGGCUAUCAGAAACUGCCAGCUGACGUCCACUCUUGCUCUUAAAUUAGGCGACUAUGGCCUAAGUGUCUUCAAAUACCCCGGCGACUACUACCAGGGCGCUGCCGGCGUACCAGUGAGAUGGCGCGCCCCCGAAUCUCUCACUUGCACCCAGACCACCAUCCAGCCGAGAGGCGUGGACCGCGAGGGCAACGUGUGGUCGCUGGGCGUGGCCAUGUGGGAGGUGUGCGCCUGCGCGGAUCAGCCUUACGCCGAGCUCAGCGACGACGAGGUGGUGUCCCGAGUGUUAGGAGCGCCCCAUGUGCGCUUGGGUCGGCCUCGCUUCGCGGCCAUCUACGCCGAUUACAUCUUCCGACUGAUGCAACUAUGUUGGACCAACGCAGAAUCCAGGCCUACCGUAUCUCAAAUUCACCUCAUGCUGUCCGACCUUCUGCAAGUACACCAAAACACCACGUCAGACCCCUCUCACGAGUCCCUUUCCUUGAACGAUUUCGACCAGAGAUGGGCCUCUCUGAAACCGAACUCGCUAGUCAAAACGGACGACAUAACCGUUCAUUUCCCCGAAAUACGCAAAAACCUCUCCCCCAGUAUGACCAACCUCCACGGAUCGCUGGACAACCUGCUAGCAGACAAUAAUAGCGAAAGUAUAUUCAUCGAAGACGAAUUCAGAAACGAGUUCUCCAGUGCCAAUGAUGAUUCCCUGACCUCCGAAAGGGUCUACAACUCGGAUUCCAGCGAGCAGCGAACCAAAAAGAAAUCAAAAACCAAAUCAAAGACAGAUAACGAAAGCGACAAUCUAUCUAACGGCAAGCUCUUCCAGAGGACUAGCAGCGGCAGCGAAACCGAAGACGACAACUGGCGAAACAAAGUGGAAAUGGGCGCUUACACGGAAAAGGUGCGCCAGAAGUCCAAGUCCGUCGCUGACCUCAUGGUCCUCACCCACGUGGACUACUCGGAAUCGGAGUCCGAGACUCCUCUGCCGAGCCUGGACUACAAGGUCAACUACAAGAACGUGAGGCUGGCUCCGACGAAUAACCUGGAAACUGCAGGGAUGACCUUCGCCAGCGAAGGCAACCUGUUGAGCAUCCAGGACGCGUUCCAGGAAGAGUUGAAGAAGCUGCAGGAGGAACGCCGAGACAGUCUUCUGUUCGUACCUGAUAGUAUUAUUAGCGCCAAUGCGGAAGUGACUAAUUUGAUGCAGGAGUUGAACAGUACGGUGGAAAUCCAGCCGGCGAGUCAAGUGUUUAACGUGUUCAAUGUUACUAUUGAUAGAUACAGUCCGCCGAGGCAUGUCACUAAGUUGGAGAAGAUUAUAAAUUUCAAUGAGUCUGGAAACAUUGAGGGCUGUAAAGCUGACGCUAGUUCGAAUGGGGAUUCACAAUUGGUUGUGGAUUAUGUGAGAAGUGGAAGGAACUCUAGCCAAGAAAGUUGCAAAUCUGACGUUUUGAAUGGACUCUUAGAUGAGGAAGAAGAAACCAAUCUCAACCUCAAUGAUAGUCUGGAAAAUAUAAACGCAGAAUGUGAGAAAGUCUGUGAUGAAAGAAUAGUGGGGCAUGACAUUUCUUUGGAAAAUAUUACGCAUGAUAAAGUUAAUUUCUUAAAUGAUGACAAGGAGCUAGAAACGUGUAAUACUAAUGUGAACCAUGAAAAAAUUGCUGAGUUGAAUAAUGGUUCUGACAUAAUUGAAACCUGUAAUGAAGUUAUGGUGCCAAAAGUCGUUGAAAAAUUGUCAGACCUAAUACAAAAUAAUGAAGAAUUGAAAAAAUAUUUAGAAUCUCCUUUAAUAAAGUCUGAUAAUGAGGAAUUUAUUGCAGGUACUGAUAAAAAAUGUGUCAAUUUUGAUUUGAGCAGUAACCAAGACGGAGCAAUGCCAAAUUCGCUGACACAUUUUAGUGUUUUCACUAGUACACCUUUCAAAAAGAAAGAUUUGUCACUUCCUGUAGAAGAUAAAUAUUCUAGCAUAAAUUUAUUUGGCAAUACCGAAGAUAAGGAUGAGUCACACAACUUGGAAGAUAAAGAUCUAAACUACUCAUUGGAGACUUGGGAUAAUUUUCUAGGAAAAACAUUUGAUUAUCAAAAUAUUCAAAAUGAUAAUUUAUUCAACAGUUUCUCUUCAGAACCUAAAAGUCUUAUGUUUGUCGAUAAUGGAGAUGUUGAGAGGGAAGAGUGUUGUGAUACAAAUAUCUUGAAUCAGUCUAUUCUGAAUGAAGCUGUCGAAAAUAUGGAAAAAGGUUCGGAGAUAGAAACUGAACCGAAUGGAACAUUUGUUAUAAAUGGAAAGACUGAAAAAACGUUUGUGAUAGAGGAAAAAACUACCGAAAAUGAAGCCAAUGGGACUUACGUAGUAGAAAACGCAAGUUUCCAAGAUUUCAGUCCAGAUGAUCCGAAUAGUGGUAGUUGGGAGUCAGGCGGAGGGUGGUUUUUGCAUCCCCAAUCAAACACCGAUGACCUUUGCGGGGAAAUGCAGAUGCAGCCAAGUAGAAAAAGUGACACUUAUGUUGGUUUCGGAAUUGACGAUGAAAUAAUGUCUGCCAUCAGAAAUGAACUCAUCAGUAAAUUGCCUCAUGCCCAGAGUGCCGCAGUGGAAAAAGUUAGAGAUGAUGAGGAUGACUGGGAUACAAGUGAAAGAAGCGAGGUCUUUUUGAAAUAUAAUGUAUAUAAUACACCUCUGUCACCUAUACCUGAGGAAAGUUAUGUUGAAGAUAAUUAUGGUACAAAUUCACCGAGAAAAUGUUGUGAGAAUGAAGACAGUGACUGGUCAGAACAUUGUGAAGUGGAAACUUUAACCCGAGAGAUACCGAGUCAUUCACCACAAACACUAGAAAGUCCUAUGAGGGGCACUGUGAAUAUGCAUACGCCUAGUCAAGACUCUUGUUGUUCCAAUGACACUCUUUUCAACUUGGAAGAGUUGAAUUUCAAUGCCACGGAACUCGAGAAAGAAGCUGAACUGAAUUCGAAGAUAUUCAAUGAUUUCGAUGAAGCAGAAAUUCACAAUCUAUUGAACGUGGAUCCAAAAUCAACAGAGUCCAAUAAUAACCUCGAGAAAGCUUUCAUCAUACAACCAACAGAGAAAGAGACUAAGAUAAUCGUCGAUGAAUUCCUGUUGGGAGAACGAACUCACUCUUUGAAUGAUACCACGCAAAACGGUGUAAUCAAACCAAACACUCUCAUAGUUGACUGUUUAUUUUCUACGCAUCCAGUACCGUUGCCCUCACCUGAGGAAAAUCCUUGGAAACAGUUACCGGCUUCUUUGGUUAGUAUUGACAAAGUGGCUUCUAUGAAUAGUUCAUUUUCCUUAGAAAAUGGUCUGGAAAUUGAUGAAAAUAUCGACAAUAAUGAAAGUGGAUUUGAAAGAGUACCUGAAUGUAGAAAGAGUUUGGAGCACCAAAUUAUUGAAGGCAAACUUCAUUGUCAGUCCCCACAAAUUACUGGUCUAAAUGAAGAGUUUGUUCCUGACUCAAAGGAACCACAUAUGAUUAAUGGUGAAGCUGUAGAAAUUCCUAUUUCUGAUAUUUCAGGAAACAUAAUAGGUUCAGAAAAACAUAAUUAUGAAGACGGAAUGUACACAAGUGUGUGUGAAAAAAAUAUUAUUACAAAAUGCGAAGACAAUAUUUCAGUACUGGGAAAUGCAGAUAAAAAUGAUGCGAUAGAAAAGAAUUAUGAGGAUAAUGAAAGUGAGCCCAUUCAUGAAAAUAUAGAUGAGCAAUUGUCCAAAACUGAACAUUCAAAGAAGGGAGAACAAGAUAUUUGUGAAACACAGUCUGAACUUGAAAUUCGAACUACACAACAGUCUCUAGAUGAAAAUCCAAAUGAAAAAAUUCAGUCGGAACACCCCCAAUUUGAUAACAGUAAUACACAAGAAAAUGCAGAGGUUCAUUUUGAAUUUGAAAAGUUGAACUUACCAUCUGAACUAAGCAGGAAGGAAAAUGAAGUAAACAGGUCCAAACUUGAUCCAAAUCAUGAAGAAAAUGGACCACUUCAGGAAAACACCAAAUUUGAAUUCAAUGAUACAAUAACAAACAUUAUAGAGGUUGAAAGUAAUUCAUUAUCUGCUACUGAAAAUUCUAAUAUGGAAAAAGAAAAAGAUGAAAAACGUGAUGAAAAGGUUUCUGAAUCCCAAGAAGAUCCAAUGCAAGAAGCUAUUAUUUCAAAUAUCUCAUCUAAUGAGGAAACUGAAAAACAUGAACCAGGAAAUUUACUUGAAACUGAAGAAGAAGCGGUCUAUGUAAACAGAGCAAUUGAAAACCAGGUAACGAUAUCGAACGAAACAAUCGAUAGACUAUAUGAAAAUGUUGCCGAAGAAGCCAAAACGGCUAACGAGGAAAACUACUACGAAAACUCCGACAUCAAUAACACCGAAGACAUCUACGAAAAUCUGAACCCAGAAGAAAUCUACGACGACUAUGUGAACAUCGUGAACAUGGAGAACGCCAAGAAUAGCUUGGAGUUCGACAAUUCCGAGAAAGAUGUCGAAUACAUGAAUAUCUUUGGUCAAGAUGACGAUGUGCACAGUGAAGAUGAGAAUAUAUUCGGCGUCCUGACUGACAUCAGAUUCAGCGGGCCUUCGGAUAGUCAGCUGAUGUCCACUUCUUUCAGCGAGAACAAUGAUGACCAUGAUUGGGAUAGCGGCUCAGAUUCCAGAUCCAGCUCUAGUGGAGAGUUUAUUUGGAAGGAAGGCGAGCAUGAAGAGUCUUUGAAGGCACUUAGAGCUGCUCCGCGAGACUUGGUGGAAAAUGUCAAACCUAUGGAAGAUAUUGCAGAAGGUGACUAUGAAGGAAGUGAGAUCAGUAGUUCAUUUAGCGACGAUGAGGGAGAGACUCCAGAGUUUGUCCCAUCUGCUUGGGAUAAAUUCGCAUUGCCAAGCAAAUCUGCACUGAAGUCACCUGAAAAAACCCUGAAAAAGUCUGAUGAGAAACCGAGAGGAGUAUGGUUUAAGAAGCAAAAAUACCAUUGUAUAUAUGAGUAUCCUAAGGAACCUGAAAGUCCAGUAUUGCAGAGUCAAGAUUUGUGGAAGCCUCAACCAGAUUUCAAGUCUUUUGCUGAUUGGGAAUUUGACGGUGAACCUUACGUACCAAAUGCUGAUGAUGAACAAGAUAUUUUGACUACCAGUUUUAUUCCACAAGCCAGUGUCUCGAACGACAGAAAUCUCUACCAGCUGACUAGUAUUUCUGAUUUCAUGAAUGGCGAAAGCGACAACCAGGCCUACUCGGACGAAUUCUUCAUCAGCGGCUCGACCCAACCGUUCCACGCCCACCCCCUGACCUCCCAGUUCUUCCCGGGCGGUGCAAUGUGGGCCCUGGAGAACGCCACCCCCGACAGUGGCGUGGAGGACAUAACUCCCGGCAGCCUCAGCGAGGACUACCCCAAACCUCUGCGAACCCCGCCCGCGCUAAAACUGCUCGCUUCGGAAGCGGUCAAUAGGAAGAAGCUUGCGCUGGCCAAACGCAAGGAGGCGUUGGGCGGCCUGAGGCACACCAGGGGCAAGCUGAAGCUCGAUUUGCCGCCCAGUCCUAGCGCUUUUGCCAUGGAUCCGUUCGUUCGAGAGAAACCCACAUUUUCCACCUUCGGCAAGAGUCGCUUCCAGGUGCAACACGUCGACACUCCUGUGGACGAGGUCGAGGGUAAAAACGUGUCGUUCGAGGCCCUGCCCUACAGGGCGUCCAACCAAGUCGUGCAGAAAGAAGACAUUUGUAUUCUGGCGCCCAACGGCAGUGAUUCUGGUAUCUUAGCGCCCAACCAUGGUAACUUGGGUAUUUUGGCGCCCAACGGUAGUAACUUGGGUAUUUUGGGGCCCAACGAUAGUUUCGUGGGUGUUUUGGCAACCAAAGGAACUAAAGUGGUAGGAGAUGUCAGCGGGGUGGAUUUGAUGAAGACGAAUGUCGAAGUGGUUAGGGGAGAAGCUAGCGUUUUGGAUAGCGGGGAUGAGGAUAGCGGGAUUGAGUCUAGUACGCUGGAGAGAAGAACGAGGAAUAUCGAGACAUAAGUGUGAAGACUGUUGGGUAUGUGAAUUCGGUAUGGCUGAAUUAUUGCCGUCAAUUUUUUCGAUUGCAAAUAAUCUUGGCAGUUUCAGUUGAAAUUGUGACGUGUUUUUUUUUUAAUAAUAAUUUUGAUUAUGGGUCAUCAUUCUAGGAUGGUUUCAAACAAUUAUGUUAUGAAAAAUGAUAUAGAGGUGAUGCCCCCAGCUGUGUUGCCAAAUAUACUUGUAGAAGAAAUCUUUGCAAAUUUUUAUAUUCUACAUAAAUGAAUAUUAGUCAGUUUGUCUGUUGACAUUUUCAAUUUUGAAAUUCCAUUGGUAUUGGUUCAACUACAUUUUACAUGUUUCCCAUUGAUUGAUUAAUUGUUUGUACUUACUACUACUACUACUACUACUACUAGUUUUGAAUUUGCACUCUAAUAGCUAAAAAAAAUUCAAUUCAACUUGGGUCAAUUAUGAAUGUGUAAGUUUAAACUCAUUUAAAAAUUAAUUUGGAAGAAUUGAUGAAUUCACAUAUCCAGAAAUCUCCAUUUGACUUGAUUUUUAUUGUUUUUAUAAUAUGAUUGUAGGUUAUAUUUUAGUGAUAUUGUUUCAUAGAUCUUUUUUGUGUACCUACGUACUAGAGAUGAAUUGGGCAAGUUUUAGAAGCUUCGAUUUUAUUUGGUUGAUCUCGAGGAAUUAUGAUUGAUUCAAAUUAGCCUUUGUCCAUUCUCACACAUGUACCUAAUUGGCUUAGAUUCCAAAUAACUUCGUAACCUAAAAUAAUUGUGAUAUUUUAUUAAUAUUUAGUUCACUGAUUGACACGAAUUUAAAUAUAUUUUCUUUACCAUUUUAUUAGCGAUUUUGAUUAUAUUUAAUUGAAAGAAUGAUCUGACAUUUUCUUGUAAUUCAAUGUUGAAUUGUUACUUUAUCCUAAUAUCAUUAAUGUUACUUAAAUGUUGAGAAUCUUAUUGUAAUGGAUAGUGUAUGUUAUGUGAGUAGUUUUCUGGUGAAAAUCCUAUGUACAAACUGAACUGAUCGUCCAUUUGUUGUUUAUAUCAUAGGGUAGUGUUUUUUAUAUAAAUUCAUCAAGUGAUUGAUACUAGGUAUAGGAUGAUGGUUCAUGUUGAUUUGUUCAGUUAAUUUUUUGUAGAUAUCAAUGUCCGUAUCGGACUCCUAAAUAUGUGAUUGGUUAGUAUUUCUUGUAUAAUUAGAAUUGUAAUAUAUAAUCUGUGUAAUUAUUAUUGAUUAAAAUCAUAUUUUAUUCCACAU